AUGGUGGUCAACUUGGCGUCCGUAGAGCAAUUCAGCCGAGAUCUUAAACAGUGCGCCAGUACGAAGGACUUGAAACAAGGCCGGAAAAUCCACCUUGCAAUCCUCAGCAGCCAGCACAGACACAACACUUUCGUCUCCAACCUGCUCGUCCACAUGUACUCGAGCUGCGGCAAGCUCCACGAAGCAAUGGCCGUCUUCUCUCGGAUCCCGGAGCCCAACAUCUUCUCUUGGAACAUCAUGCUGGCGGCUUUCGUGUGGAGCGACGAGCUGGGAGAGGCCCGGAAGCUCUUUGACAGAAUGCCACACAGGAACGUAGUCUCCUGGACGACGAUCUUCCGAGCUUAUGCCCAGAGUGGGCAUCUGGACCAAGCCAAACUUAUGUUCGAUCAAAUGCCCGAGUGGGACGUGGUCUCGUGGACGGCAAUGGUUCAAGCUUACGCCGAGAAUGGAGAGCUUUUGCAAGCGGAAAAUAUGUUCUCCCAGCUUUCAGACCGAAAUAUCGUCGCUACGAACGCUAUGAUCACGGCUUAUUCCCAGAGAGGACAGGUCUCUCAAGCGAAGAAGCUGUUUGAGGAGAUGCCCGAGAGAGAUAUCUCGUCCUACAACGUCAUGAUUCUGGCGUACUCUCAACAAGGACUGAUGGAAGAAUCUCGGCUGGUUUUCGACUCCAUGCCUUGCCGCAACCUCGUCUCGUCGACCACCAUGGUGCAAGCGUAUGCCCAGAAGGGGUAUAUCGAAGAAGCCGAGAGGAUUUUCAACCGGAUGGUAGAGAGAGACGACGUUUCCUGGACCACAAUGCUCCAGGCCUACGCUUCCAAUGGCAACAUCGAGAGAGCUCAAGAGACGUUCCGAGACAUGCCAAGGCAGGACUUAGUCGCAUGGACUGCGAUGGUUUGCCUCUACGCACAAAACAGGCACACCAAGGCUGCGAAGUUCGUCUUCGACAGGAUGCCGGAGAGAAAUGCCGUGUCGUGGAUCCUGAUGAUAACAGCUCUCGGCCGAGAUGGAAAGGUUGAGCAAGCGCGGAAAAUGCUCGACACAAUGCCUCACUGCACAGUGGCUUGCUACAACGCCAUGAUCGGAUGCUACGGACAGAAUGGUCACGUCGAGGAAGCCAGCGAAAUUUUUCGACUCAUGAUCGUGGAGGGUGCCGUGCCCGACGAGGCAACGUUCACGAGCGUUCUCGGAGCUUGUAGCCAUGGUGGUCUUUUGGAGGACAGUCUCCACCACUUUAGAGCUAUGCCGGACCAGCACGGUGUCGAGCACGCCUGGAGCUAUCGGCUGGACAUCCUUCGUUGGAGCUUGCAUCACACACUCGGAUGGCAUUAUCUCCGGAGUCGAGGGAGUGGAGAAUGUUUUGGAGACGAAUCACUCCGAAAGUCUGGGGAAGCACUUGCCUUACGUGAUGCUGGCGAACGUUUUGAAGAAAUAAUAAAAGGGAUGGAUGCCGCAGCCCUCUAUGCCGGGACGGUUCUCCUUCGUAAGACAUUCGAGGCGCUCGCGCAGCGCUCCGUCACGUCACUCUUCACGCGGCUGCAUUCCAGAUUCAGUGGGCAGCAUCGGAUUGAGCUCUUGCAAAAGGAGCUGGAAUCCAGACUUCAGGUUCUCGGCCUUCCCGUGGAUAUGUGUGUGCAAUACGUGCUCCAUGGAAACACGGUUCUACAGGGCGCUUUGGACAUGAUAUUGCGUGUGAUCAAUGACAUUGUGAGAUUCCAAAAAGAACUUGAAUGUCAAGUUUAUAAUGAGGACGUCGUCAAAACCUCUCCAUCCGAGGCAGAGAACAGGCUACAAGGUUUUCUCACAAGACUGGAUGCCAUCUUGCCGUACAUGGCGAUGGCUAUGAACGCUGUCUCGUUGCUAAAGUCAGAAGAGGAUGGAAUUUCUCCAGCACGUUUGAUGGACGCCAGCUAUUUGAUUCGGGGUGCUGAAAUUGGGAAUGCUGUUCUGAGUUUCCAAGUGAAGCUUUAUGAAUAUGAAACUCGAUUAAUGCUCCCUCGCUGGCAAGAAAAAAUACCGCACUGCACUUUGACACUCAGAAAAUUGGUGCCUUUACCGGACGCAGCAGCCGAGUUUCUCGUUGAGAUUGAUAAUUCGGACGAAGAUCACAAUGAGAAUAACCACCAGCAUAUAUCGAUACCUCUUUCAAAUGUGGCUGCUAUUGGUUCUUCCACUUUGCAUGUUCUUGGGCUUGGACAACAUGAGUUAGAGGCCGUCCUUCUCAUUGACGUAUAUGCUACUUCCGAUAAUUCGCCCGAACCUCUAGAAUCUCCAGCAGGGGAUCGACCUCAAGUCACAAGAAUUGUUCACUAUGCAUUGCAAUGCAUGGAUGGGGAUGAUGGUGGUGACGACGACAGUGCGUCGUCAAGUACCCAAAGCAGUGAACCCUUGGGCCUGGAAGAUCAUGUUGGAGUAAGAACAGCAAAGCUUGGAGUUCUAGAGUACGUCAUAAGGUUGUGCAUUCUCCAAAUCCGCGAGGAGAAGGAUCAUUGGCUCGUCCCAGACGAGCGGAUAAGAAUGUUUUUCGCUGAUCCCAGAUUCAACAGCGAGCCUGUGAGAAACGCAUCCAAGCCUCACAAACCACCGGGAAGUGGCAACUUAACGCCCAGAAACUCAACACCUCUGAGCGGGACAAAAUCGUUGAUAAGAACUCCCACGACUCGAGGAAGCCGGAGAACAGUCACGGACAUGUUUUACGAGCUCAACCUCGACCACCCCGCUCCUCAGUAAAUCGACGUUCUUAAAUUUCACAAGGAACCAACACUAUGUUUUAGAAUGACAAAACUAGUUUGUCUACAGCAGGAGGUUUAGGGAGAUUGAUGAUCUUGGAGUGCGAUCCAAGAUCAUGGUGGUUGUGGCAGGAGAAGUGGUGAAGAAUAUGCCAAGAGAUCCUACUUGUGGCACUUAUGUUUAGAGACUCAAUUGAUGCAAAAUGAACAAAGUCCUGAAGUUUGUAAAAGGUAUCAAGAAGGGAUAUAAAGUAUUUUUAAAUUCA